UCUCUAAUCAAACCGGAGUUUCAAAUUAUACGUAGUUUGAGAUAAAGUUUUACUUUAUUAUCCCAACUUACAGUUAAGAUAAUAAUAAUAAUAAUAAUAAUUUCCCGCCAAAAAAUUUAUCUCAAUCCUUCCAAAUUCCCAUGUAUUUAUAACAUUCCCUAACUCUCAAAAACACAAAACACACACAUGAAGUCUAGUACUUCCAAGUUAAUAAUGGGAGCAAUAUUAAUAAUGGUGGUGACCCUUGCAAUAAUUCUAGGCCUACUCUUAGUUUUUCUUGUUGAAUUUUUUUGUUCCCUCUUACUUGCUAGGCGUCAACGGUCAAAAACACCUGUAAAUUUCGCGAUAACCUCUACCACACAAUCACCACCAUCACCACUAGAGUGUCAAUCAAUUGUUCCAAUUACAAGUAGUCAUAGUAGCUUUUAUGCACAAUUAGGGGUUCUUCAUGUUCCAAGAAAUUACCUCUUUCCUAAAAUUUCCACUAAAGAUCAUCAUAACUUUGAUGAUAUUGAAAUAGUCCAAAAUGUAUCAUAUCCUAAAUUAGUCCAUGAAGCACAAUCACAUCAAUGUAGCACUAGUAGUACUACUAUUGAGGAACCAUUUAUGUACAUAUCAAAUCCAAUUUAUGAUGACACGAAAAUUGAGCAUGACACACCGUUUGAAACGCCAGAUACAUCCCCAUCCUGUCUCGAAUUAAUCAUUGAUAGUUCUUCGGAGGGAGAAGAAGAAAAUUGUGGAAUAUCAACAUGUUCUAGUACACCUUCUUCAGUACUAUUAACUCCAAUGAAGAAACUCCCGAUCGAGGCAUGUUCAAUUUCACUGAGAAGUGGCUCUAUUAAUAGUAACAAUUCUACUUCUUCCUCUGGAUCUCCAUGUACUUCUCCAUCUUGGUAAAAUUUGAAAAAAAAUAUAUUUAGCAAUCUAUGUACUUAUAUUUGUUUAAUUAGGGUUUGUUUAGAUGUUCUUUUGUUAGCUUAGUUUGUUUAGUUCAUUUUAUUUUCUUGUUUAGUUAUUUUUGUUGAUGUAAUAGGUGGUGAUAGAAUGACUAAUAUUAUCUAUCUGUCCCAGUUUAUUUGGCAUAUGUUCCUUUUUAAUUUGCCUAAAAAUAUAUAAAUAUUAUGUAUAUUUAGAGAUAA